AUGUUUGCCCGUCUCUCUACUGCUUUCGCUAUUCUCCUCGGCUUGACGGCCCUUGUCAGCGCAGUACCAGCUGCUGCUCCUAUAGCUGGUAACCUUGAGAGGCGCGACAAUGUCUUGAGAGAGACCAAAUAUGUGGUACUUGCACGCGAAGAGGCUCCCGAACCAGACCCAGACCCAAGGAAUUAUGGCGAUGACCACUUACUAUCGUUGAAUCUGCACCGACUUGAAGCGGCGCGUGAGGAAGGCCACGUUCUCACUCUCCUCUCACCAUAUUCUCGAAUUCUGGCCCUAAUCUUGAAGACAUUUCAUGGUACCCGCGACCCACCGCUCUAUCGACGCAGUCCGGGGGUAGAACAACCCGCAAUCCUUGCAACUACAACUUUCGUGAUAACCAGUUUACUCCGAGUCACCAGUCUACAAUCUCAAUGGAAUUAUAACACCAUCCAGCGUUUCCUCACCUGGUACUCCUUACUUUUCCGGUACCGCAACUCGACGAUGAUGCUGCGAAUCAUACUCGUUACUGCAAUGCACACAUUCUUUUCAUGCGUGGCAAAACUUGACGAGGUUAAAAGGCCAGCGAAGUAUCUCCACCGCCUGCCUGUUGCACUUGCAUCCACCCUCUUUCGCCUCUUCCGAAUUAGGGUCGAGAUCGUCCACUUCUUCGUCCUCCAGUACGAGGCGCUUGUGAAAUUCCGCUGGACUGCCACCUCGGCCACGGCCUCGUGCACUGAGGUUGAUGGGGAUGGUCAUGGUGGAGAUCGUGGUGACUAA